AUGAAGGCGUUGGCAGAGGAAUAUUCUGAGGUUUUUGAGCCAAUUCCGGACGGGUUACCUCCCGACCGUGCAGUCGGCCAUACCAUCCCGGUGGAACCAGGAAAGGCACCACCAUUUAGACCUCUGUAUCGCCUCAGUCCAGCUGAGUACGAGGAGGCUAAACAACAGAUUGAGGAAUACCUCAGGAAGGGAUGGAUAGAACCUAGCGCGUCCCCAUACGGAGCACCUAUCUUGUUCGUUCACAAGAAAGGGGGCGGACUGCGCAUGUGCGUCGAUUAUCGAGCCCUGAAUAAAAUUACGAUCAAAAACAGAUAUCCACUUCCGCGGAUAGAAGAUCUUUUUGAUCGACUACAGGGUGCGCAAUGGUUCAGUGCACUGGAUUUGGCGCAAGGCUAUCACCAACUACGUAUAACAGAGGACGAUGUUCCAAAGACGGCUUUCCGUUCGCCGUUCGGCCAUUUUCAGUGGCGUGUGUUAAGUUUCGGCUUGACCAACGCUCCGGCCUCUUUCCAGAGGGCGAUGAACGAUGUGUUUCGUGAUGCGAUUGGCCAGUUCGUCUUGGUGUACCUCGAUGAUAUCUUGGUAUACUCGAAAACCGAAGACGAGCAUACGGAACAUUUGAAAUGGGUCCUCGGAAAAUUACGCGAGCACAAAUACUACGCGCGUUUGUGGAAAUGCCAUUUUUACAAACGUGAGCUAGAGUAUUUGGGGCACGUGGUGGGGCAUAACGGGUUGAAAGUGGACCCCAAGAAGGUAGCAGCUGUCCAGGAGUGGCCCGUCCCACGCGACGUUGGCCAAGUUCGAUCAUUCCUAGGCCUGGCGAAUUAUUUUCGUCGCUUCUUGGAAAAUUAUUCCACGAUAGUCGCUCCCCUCACGGCAUUAACCCGGAAAGGGUGCACAUGGGAGUGGACCCCACAGUGCCAAAAGGCCUUCGAAGAGGUCAAGCAUAAAUUAACUAACGCACCAGUUUUGGUGUUGCCAGACCCACAGAAACCAUACGAGGUGGUUACGGACGCCUCAACGGUGGGACUUGGUGCAGUACUCCUGCAAGAAGGACGCCCUGUGGCAUUUGAGAGUAGAAAACUCUCCCCGGCAGAGCAACGCUACACGACAACCGAACAAGAGUUGUUGGCUGUCGUGCAUGCGCUAAGAACAUGGCGAUGUUACUUGGAAGGGGUAGAGUUCGUGGUCACCACUGACCAUUGUCCGAACACAUACUUUUCUACCCAAGCUACCCUCACUCGCCGUCAGGCCCCAGACAGCCGAUAG